CAUAGGACUAGAAGAGAGGAGAAAAAAAAACAAGAGAGGACAGCGAAGGCAGAGGAAGAGAUGUGUGGGAGGGCUCGUUGUACUGUCAGAGCCGACGAUAUCCCUAGGGCUUGCCACCUCAACGGCCGCCCCCUCCGUUCUGUCAAUAUGGACCGGUAUCGGCCAUCUUAUAAUGUCUCACCAGGAUCAAAUCUGCCGGUUGUUCGGAGAGAAGAUGGUUCUGAUGGCCAAGGUGGUACUGGUGCCGUUCUACACUGCAUGAAAUGGGGGCUUAUUCCCACUUUCACCAAGAAAAAUGAGAAACCCGAUCAUUAUAAGAUGUUCAAUGCUCGGUCUGAGUCAAUAUGUGAGAAGGCUUCUUUUCGGCGUCUUGUUCCAAACAACCGGUGCCUAGUGGCUGUCGAAGGAUUCUAUGAAUGGAAAAAAGAUGGGUCAAAAAAACAACCCUACUACAUUAAUUUCAAGGAUGGUCGACCCCUUCUAUUAGCUGCUCUUUAUGAUUCUUGGAAAAAUUCUGAAGGAGAGAUUCUUUAUACCUUCACCAUCUUGACAACUUCUUCAUCAUCAGCUUUAGGAUGGCUUCAUGACAGGAUGCCAGUUAUUCUGGGUGGCAAGGAAUCUUCUGAUGCAUGGCUAAUUGGUUCUUCGUCUUCCAAAUUUGAUACUUUACUUAAACCAUAUGAAGAGCCGGAUUUGGUAUGGUACCCAGUGACACCUGCAAUGGGCAAGCCUUCUUUUGAUGGACCAGAGUGCAUAAAGGAGGACAGAAGUCUUGACUGCAAUCAACAACAGGUGAUACAACUGAAAAUUGAGAAGAAGAAUUCAAUUUCAAAAUUUUUCUCAAAGAAAGAAAUUGAUGAUGAAAAGGUGUUGAAGCCACAAGUUGGAAGUGCUAAUGAAGAGCACAACAGAACCAGUCAACUAAAAAGCUUGAAAGAGGAACCUGAAACUCGGGAUAUGGCAGGAAAACCAUCCUCCACCAGCCCAUUAAUAAGUUUGAAAAAGGAACCUGAAACUCAACACAACACAGACUAUCCAUCUUCUACCGGGGAAUGCAAUUAUAAUUCAGAACCUAAGACAGCUGGGAAUCCCCAAAUCAAGCGGGACCUUGAGGAGCUUUCAGCUGAUACAAAGGCAUCUAUUGAUGACACCAAGAAGCUUUGCACAAGUCCAGUCAGAAAGAAGGGAAACUUUGGGGGUGCUGGUGAUAAACAACCAACUCUAUUUUCUUAUUUCGGAAAACGAUAGUCACAUUCCCUGCAUGUUAUUAAUAUGAAACAAAACAGCUGUUGUUGUAUGAAAUAACUCACCCAUAUCAUGUAAAUUUUGAACUUUGAACUGCCAAACAUGGUUUCCUGUUCAAAUUAUGUUCUAUUUUAAAAUGCACAAUGUUUGUUUCA